CAGACUUCUGUUGGGCAGCUGUUGGAAAUGAACUGAAGGAGUGUGAGCCGUCAGAGCGGAGUCAGUGCAGCUCAGUCAGUCCGCGGAGAGGACACAGCUGCUCGGUCAAAUACCCUUUUACGCACCGGGGAACUACCUGGAAACGCAAGUGUUGGCACUGUGACAACAAGGAACCAGCCGUGUCCCUCUCUAAAUCCUGCUGGAAUAUUCUGCUUGAUUUUUGCCGACACAAUUUGAAAUUACUAGUUAAAACCCGGAGUGCAUCUCUCCAGCAGAAUGAAGGGAUUUAUUCUUGUGGCGCUUCUUGUCGCCACCGUCUCAGCGACCAAGUUAAACGUACCGCGACUGAGACUGUCAUACAAAGACCUGCUGUCCACCAACAGGUCAUCUAUCUUCAGCGGUCACCACGGCCAGCUCUCUCUUACCACCGUCUUCCUCGAUGAGUACCGGGACCGCCUCUUCCUAGGAGGGAAAGACAUCCUGUACUCUCUCCUGCUGGGACCCACCAGCAGCGAGUCCAAAGAGAUUUACUGGCCCCCGUUACCCGGCAAUAGAGAGGAAUGCAUUCAGACGGGAAAGGAACCGCAGACCGAGUGUGCCAACUUUGUUCGCCUGCUGCAGCCCUACAACCGCACCCACCUCCUGGCCUGUGGCACCGGGGCCUUCCAGCCCAUGUGUGCCUUCAUCAACGUGGGGCACAGAGGAGAGCAUGUGUUCACCAUGGAUCCUAUGAAUGUGGAGAAUGGACGAGGGAAGGUUCCACAUGACCCCAGUUACCCCUUCGCUAGCACCUUCAGUGGUGGGGAGCUGUAUACUGCACUGACGGCAGACUUUCUGGGUAGGGACUCUGUGAUCUUCAGGAGUAUGGGAGGUCGCUCCACCAUGAGGACAGAGACUGACCAGAAACUUCUCCACGACCCUAAGUUCAUCGCUGCGCACCUCAUCCCAGACAAUGAUGACAGAGACAACGACAAAGUGUAUUUCUUCUUCACUGAGAAGGCCACGGAGGCAGGGGACAGGGAGGGGGCCAUACACACACGUAUUGGACGAGUGUGUGCGAACGAUGUUGGAGGUCAGAGAGUGCUAGUGAACAAGUGGAGUACCUUCGUAAAAGCCAGACUGGUCUGCUCUGUCCCGGGACCUCACGGCAUCGACACACACUUCAACCAGCUGGAGGAUGUUUUCUUGCUGAGGACCAAGGAUGAGAGGAACCCAGAUGUAUAUGCAAUCUUCAGCACCAUCAGUAAUGUAUUCCAGGGUUUUGCCGUGUGUGUGUACCGAAUGGCUGACAUCAGAGAAGCCUUCAACGGACCCUUUGCCCAUAAAGAGGGCCCUGACUAUCAGUGGGGGGCCUAUGAAGGCAGGGUCCCUUAUCCAAGACCAGGCGUGUGCCCUAGUAAAAUCACCAACCAGCCUGGCAGAGAGUUUGGCAGCACGAAGGACUUCCCCGAUUCAGUGCUGCAGUUUGCCCGCAGCCACCCAUUGAUGUGGCGACCGGUGUUUCCCGCUCUGCGUCAGCCUGUGCUCGUAAAGGCCAACUUGCCUUACAAGCUGAAACAAAUCGUGGUUGACCGGGUCGAGGCGGAGGACGGGCAGUAUGACGUAAUGUUCAUUGGCACAGACGUUGGCACAGUAUUAAAGGUCAUUGCCCUACACAGUGGGAACAGCCUGGAGACAGAGGAGGUCACACUGGAGGAGCUACAAGUCUUUAAAGUGCCAACUCCAAUAACAUCGAUGGACAUAUCCGUGAAAAGGCAAGCCCUGUAUGUGGGCUCCCCAGCAGGCGUAGCGCAGGUGAAGCUGCACCGCUGUGAGACUUAUGGGAAUGCCUGUGCCGAGUGCUGCCUGGCCAGAGACCCUUACUGCGCCUGGGACGGAUCAGUGUGUGCCCGCUACACGCCCAACAGCAAACGGCGCUACCGCAGACAGGACAUCAGGCACGGAAACCCCGUGCUGCAGUGUGUGGAUCAGAAUCUGAGUGAAGACCUUGACGUGACAGAAGACAGAGUGGUGUAUGGGACCGAGAACAACAGCACCUUCCUGGAGUGUGUCCCUCGCUCUCCACAGGCCACAGUUAGCUGGCUUGUCCAACGUGAUGACCGCAAGGAGGAGGUAAAGCUGGAUGACCGUGUGAUGUCUACAGAGCAGGGCCUCCUGUUUCGUCGCCUCUCCCGCCAGGACGAAGGCGUGUACAUCUGCCGCUCCACAGAGCACGGCUUCACACAGACCCUGGCCCGCCUCAGCCUCGAAGUCCUCCAGGGGGACACUGUAGAUGAGCUCAUGGCACGAGACAACGCCGGCCUCUCUGAUGCGUACAAAGACCGGUCCACAGGAAGCUACCGAGCAUGGAUGCCUUGUAGCACAUACAGCAGGGGCGGCUCAUCAAGCCAAAUCGGCCAAUCGCGUACAUGGUUCAAGGAUAUCAUGCAGCUGAUUGGGCCGUCCAACCUGCCCCACGUUGAGGAGUACUGUGAGAGGAUGUGGUGCAACGACAAGCUGAGGAGGAAACACAAAAGCAUGCUGGAGAAAAACCGCCAAGCGCAGGAGAGCGCCAGGAAGGCUCGUAGCAAGAGCUCCGGCGAACGCAACCGGACGCCGAGGGAUCUUAGCGCAUGGGAGGAGUAACUGAAAGAAAGUGAGCGGGGCAUAAAGUAGGAGAAAAUGAAAGACAAAAAAAGGGACAAAGAUUGCAGCAAAGGACAGGAUAAAAUGGGCAGCAAAAAGGCUGCUAUUUGUGGAAACUCUAGCACUGAGAUUUGUAUUGUAACGACUCGGAAGUGUUUGGUUUUCUGGAAUGAUGGCACAAAAAGAGACUGUUACUGAACAGGUUGUUAUUGUGAAGAGGAGUGGAUGUUUUUUUAAAUCUUGAUAUCCAUGGACUUCUCCUGCUUUCACAAGUUUGCCCUUGUAUACUUUCAUGCUUUGAAAUGACAGCUUUCAUUUUAUCAAGUCAAAUAAGACUUUCGCAAAGACAGACAACGCAUGCCUUUGGAGCAACUCUCUGAUGAUUUGUGUUAGAUCUUGGCGAAGUGCUUCAAAAGAGAGGAACAUUUACAUACUUUGCAUGCUUGGAGUAUAGCAAGCCUGUCAAGGUCAGCUCUGAGACACAGACACAUACACUUAUUUUCCAUUUGUUGUUUUCGCAUUUCUCACAAGGCAAUCACUGGAUUCAUCUCUUUCUCAAUUGGUAUUUAAGUGAACACGUUUCUUGCCCUGCUCUGCACUUGGCUUUUUAAAAAUGAAAUAUUCAUGUGUGACUUCAGCCAAGAAAUAACUUGGUUUGCAGUGUAUUAGUUGCAGCUAAUGCUCCCAGGGUAAGACAUCUGCCGCCUUUUAAAUGCAAUGUAUGGUAUGGCUCGACUUGCUUUGACUGUUCUUUUUUAUUGUGGCAAAAGUUGUGGAUAGCACCUGGUACUGUUUUUGGUUGCGCCUUGGUUGAGGGUCCAAGUGAACUGAACCAAUAUUAGAAGGCGAAGUUAAGUCAUUAGUUUGGUUUCAUUUAAAAUGUGUUCCUUUGUUUGGUUGCCAAUCGAUCCAGCAAGAGUGGAACAAAGCACUAUUUCGCGUUGAAGAAGAGGUUGCGAUCAUUUGAGGAACAGAAAAUUGAGAAAAGCAUCCAUUACCAAACAUGAGUCAAGUCGAGCCAAACCAUGCAGUUCAAAUUAGGCAUUUCUGUAUCUGAUCUCUCCACUGUACAUGCACACACACACAAACACACUCUUACAUAAACGGAAAGCCCACUCACCCAUCACACUGAAUGCAUAAGCUCAACUAGCUCAAACUGGAAGCUACCAUGAGACGACUGUUGAUGGUUCAACAGAUUAAAGGCACAUUGCUUUAUUUUUAGUGUUGCGGGUUGAACUUUCCAUUAAAACCAGCUACAGAUCAAGAUUCCUCCCUCACGACCCUUAAAGGGAUAUUUCACAGCGGUAUACUUUCACGCUUUUGGGCACAUACCAUAACACCUACUGGAAUGUACCUAAUGGCCACAGUCGAUCGCUGAUAGUUGCUUCCCUGGGAUUACUUAUAGAUUGAACCUCAGCUCAAUGAAACUCAAUUGGGAUUUAAACACCAAUUUAGAGUGCACACAUUAUUGUUCAAAAUGUUAUGUCUUGAGUAAGUGUCAUUUUCAAAUAUCUUUUUCAAAAGACGGACCUCUUUGUCCUAGCCUCACCUCACACUUCCAUCAUCCCCUAAACUCAUUUUCUCACAGUUCCUCUGUAUGCUGUAGCUCGCUACUGACAAAAGAGGGAACAAAAGAAGGGGUCAGCUCUAAUGGCUGACUCCUUGUGCUUUCUGCUUUGUAAACACUGGUUUUAUGACGGUUCAUGGUUUGAACACAUGAUACUCCACAUUGUUAUUCACUUCAGGUUUUGUUGUUAAAAUAAAAUAUACUGUAACUUUGACCGUAAUUGAAUUUUUUUUCACAAGGGACAGGGCCAUGGAGUUAGGGUUAGGGUUAGCAUGGAAUUAACUCUAAUUUGUAAAAAAAAAAAGAGAAGAGAACAUGUACAGUAAAGACAGGUCGCAAGAUUAUAAGAUAAAUGCCAAGCUUCAAUUUCAGUAAGGGCUGUGUGUACUGAAGAAGACUGAAAUACAUUUUAAGAGUUAAUUUCAAAACUAUCACCCAUGUAACAAUUAUAAUAUAUUAAUGGCGGCUUUGCAGGUGCAUCACACAUUGAGCAGCCCCUCCUGGCCACAUCGAUGAGGGCGAGUGGAGAGUUGUGAGAAUGAUGGGUUGGAUAUAGUUCACAGAACAAACAAAGUGUGUCUGUAAUAUGUCUUUGGUUCAAAGUUGCCAGAUGAUACCUUGGAACUUUGUCCCAAUACAAGUUGAUGUACGUAAGCAAUCAAAGCUGAUAUUAUCCACAUUUAUACUUUGAUUAAUCAAAUGUUGGCUGUCAAGCGGUGAAGUAAGCAGUUUCCAAAGUAUGAACUGGAUAAACGUAAGCAUUCUUAAAGGAUCUGUUGAAAGACAUAUAAAGAAACACAAACAGAUGUUCACAAAAAGCUGAGAAGAACGGAGAACCUACACCAAUAUGUCCGCUGGAGGGUAACGUCCCUGUAAUGUGUACAUAUUAAAGAUCGCAUAGAUAUCCUGGGAGCCCUCUCACUGUUUAAAAUGAUCCAGGAAACAACAUUAACACCAGUGAACUCGGUGACCCUUUGUAACCUUCAUGGCGUGUGAAUGGCUCCUGAGAGACAAAUAAAAGGGAGAGUCGGUAAUUGAAAAGAACAAAGGGGAGAGAUCUUCAAAAAGUAAGGUACUUUGAGCAUCUUGUGAAGGCAUUAUUUGCCUUUAUAAAAUACUAUUACCUUUUUAAAGCCUGUUUCAAAAACAUUCAUCAGUAUAAAGUGAGUAUUUAAGAACAAAAUCCCCAGUUUGUACAGCACUCUUAAACACACAUUUUACUCUAGCAACGUUUAUUUUCCUAGUUAGAGGAUUGGGAGACCGGCUAUUAGAGUCCACUUAUGGUGUUUCCUUUACAAAUAUUGCUUCUGAUGUAUAUCUAUACUGGGGGAUAAAAAGUGAUAGAGGGAGAGGAGCAUGGUUUGCACGGAACCAAGAGACAGUUAGCACGGUAACAAGAGAUACAAAUGUGUUUUAUGUUGUAGAUAACCUUCUUGAAAGUUUGUUUUCUAAUAAAAUUGUCACUUAAGUUUAGAUUUCAGUCUUGUCAUGAUUUUGGUGAAAAGAGCUACACAAUUAUUUUGUCUGUUCUGCUCUUGUCUAUAACAAAUAUGUUUUUGAUGUGGUGGCAUCAUUGUGACGACCCCUGCUUUACUCCUCCCUGUUGUGUGUGGGGGGGGGUGUACCUUUUGCUCACGUGGGCCCAUGUUGACCCUGCAUUACUGUCAUCAGGAAUUAAAAACAGUUUAAGGUAUUACUUGUGUUACUAUGAUUGCAAACUAAAUGUGCAAUUGUAUAAAAAUACAAUUUUCCAUUUUCAGCAAAUGACAUGAAGGAACCACCAAAAUAAAGGCUGACACCACUUUUGCUGCAAAGUGAUUUGAUAGUUAAAGUGACACAAAGAUCAUACUAAAGGUUCAUUAGUAUUUAUGUUUUCUUGCGAGGUAUGGAAUUUUUAGUUGCUGACCAAAAACAACUGGUCUAUGUUUAAAACACCCAUUGUAAAUCCUUCAAAUAUAUUAGUUGUUGUACAAUUGUACAAAGUUUGAUGUGGUAUUUAAUCUCAAACAUGUUUUUUAAACUCUUGAACUGUCCAACCAUCUAGCUAGUUCAGUGUAGUUUAAUACUUUUUACAUUUUAUUUCAAACACAUGUUAAACUUGCAGCACCUUUACUUUUUAAAUAUUCAACUGUUGUAUUUUACAGUGUUGUAGAGAGAACACUUGAUGGGUUUAUAAUUUGACAAAAACUCGACUAUGGUCAAUACAUUGUGAUAAGUGGUCACCUGUGGGCACCUGUCAAACUUCACCAGGUGAUUUCACUAAUUACUGAUUGUCUGCACUUCGCUACAUGAAGCAGAUACAUAUAUUUCGUCUGGUUCGCUUUGUGAAAGCAGAUACUGCAGCAAACACAUUUAGGAAAUACAUCUUAUCUAUCUCAGGACUAUGACAUCCAAGAACUUGGAGGGUCAGCUGUCCAAUAGGCACAAUAAAGCCAUCAUGAACUCAACACACAUGGGUUUCCUACUUACUGAACAUACAGGCAACAACACUCUCAGUGUCCCUUUUAUUGUACUGUAAAAUUGUGCUGGUUUUGGCGUCUAUGACUUUGAAACAAUAUUUAUGUUUUAUUUAAGUGUCUUUGUACCAUGCAUGCUAUGUACUUGUAUGCUUUUUAACAGCAUUAAAAGUUGAUUUUCUAA